AUGGAAAAUGAUCAGUACGAGCAGUUAGGGCCGAAGUCAGGACUUCCACCACCUCCUCCACCGCCUGAUGCUCCUCCACCACCUGCCAAUCCUCCGCCACCGCCUCCUCCGCCGCCACCACCUAACGGUGAUAAACACUCAAAAAAGAUUCCAAUACUUCCAGCAAGGACACCGGGAAACAUCGGACAAUUUGCUCUCCGACCUGGAGAUGAUGUCGAUCUGAGCUCUGACAGGACAGGAGUGAACGGCAGUGAAGAUGCAAAAGCGAAGCAAUCCAAAUCAAAAGAUCCGACGGAUGUACAAUCCGCGGAAAAGGAGAAGGGCAAGUCGAAAACAAAGCAUGACGCAUCGGAUCUUAAACCAUAUUCGGAGCCAGUAGAAAAUGCUGAAAAUAUGUCAUGCGAUUACUCUAGCACUCCUGGUGAUCAGUUUCAUACUGAUGGCAUUAACGGUGGUGCAAUUUCCAUGACCGAAAAAGUGAGCAUGGGUGUAGUUCCGCCACCUCCAUCGCUGCCACCACCACCACUGGCACCAUCAUCCUCAUUUACUUCGGGAGCAAAAACUCCACUGUCUUCUCCUGGUAGUGAGUAUGAGCAACUAGGACCAUCAUCACAGAUUGUUUCUGAGCCACCCCCUCCUCCCGACUUGGACUCGUAUCCUUCAUCGAAGGUAGGAAAGACUGUCCGAGCUGAUGGUAAGAAGGCGGCAAAGCAGUAUGUACAUAGUAUGAAACUACAAAAACUGCUGAUUGCUCUAGUACUGGUAGUCGUGUCCAUCGCUCAACAGGUCUUCAAUCCAUGGGAAGGAUUGAGAAUUUUCCAACAAUUCCCUACACAACCGCCCUACUACAUUGAUCACUACAAGAGCUAUGGUUAUGAGACUGACGAGAAGGGUAACGUAUGGACUGGAAACGAUAACGCUAAGUUCAUGAUAUUUGCUCGAUCGUCGUAUCCUUGA